CCGGCCCGGCCUCCCUCCCGGCGCCAGGGGCGAUGACGUCAUCAUCACGGGCGCGUCCGGGAGUGAUUGGGCGGAUCGGUCUCUGGAGCCGCCGGAGGAGCGCUUACAGGCUUGACUCACACCGCAAUGACAAAACUCUUGCAGUGGCUCUGGAGCCUGGGCCUCCUCGGUGUUGUCUGGGCAACUCUCACACUGGACCUUUUGGGACUCAGUCCAUUGCCCCCGCCCUGGUACCAAGUCCUUUGGCCACUGCCUACCUAUUUGCUGGUGGUGUUUGGCUGCUACUCACUGGCUGUUGUUGGAUACCGGGUAGCCACUUUUAAUGACUGCGAAGAAGCCUCGCUGGAGCUACAGGCACAGAUCCGGGAAGCCCGGGACGACCUGGCCCACCAUGGCCUGAAGUUCUGAUCUGGCUUGCAGUAAGACUGGGUGCUGAGCACUGCAGGGAAGGGGCUCCCUCCAUCCCCUGAAGAAAGAUUCAGAAUAUCUUUGCUGGAGUAGAUAAUAAAGAGAAUCCGACCAUG